AUGGGUAUCUGGGACACCAUCACCGACCUCGCCGAGGCCGCCAUGCCGUGGGCCACCGUCGAGGCCGAGGCUCCUGCCGCCGAAGAGGAGGAGACCCCCGCCGAGGAGACCAAGGACGACGAGGAGGAGGAGGAAGAGGAGGAGGAGGAAGAGGAGGACGAUGACGAGGUCGUCGACCCCAAGGACACCAUCGAGGAAGCGUGCAAGGAGUCCAAGGCUUGCGCACCGGCCAAGCACCACUACGACGAGUGCGUCGAGCGCGUCACGGCGGCCGCCGACUCCGAGGACGGUGCCCAGGAGGACUGCGUUGAGGAGUUCUUCCACCUCGCCCACUGCGCCACCCAAUGCGCCGCCCCCAAGCUCUGGGCCCAGCUCAAGUAA